AUGCUGCCGGAGUCCGAGAGGCAAGAGAGACUGGACAAUCAGCUCGACCAGGCCGCAGACCCAACUCUGGUCGAGUCGCAUUACCAGAAGUCAUUAGGAGGUCAACCUCAACGGGCUUCGGCUGGACCAUCAGCCGAAGUACUUGACCAUGGCUUGGAUGAACAAGUCACCGACGAGUCGAACGAGCUCCCAAUUCACUAUGUGAGCAACUCUGCGCGACGGCGCCACAAAGUGUUCGUCGAAGACGAACCUCUAGUUGACACCACAGCUGCACUGACCAAAAAUUCUAAGAAGACAGCUAGGCUGCAGAAGCGGCAGCAGAAGAAACAGGCCCGAAAAGUGCACUCCGAGAUCCAGUCUCUUCUGGACUUCCCACAAGAACUCCUGUUGAUGAUUCUGGGCUUCCUGCAGCCUAGCGAAAUCUUCACCAUGCUUCGUCUCAACAAGUCGUUGCGGGCAUUGAUUACAGACAACGAGCGAUCCAUCGCCGACGACAUCAUCGGGCAUCGGUACUGGGUGUUAAAGAAGUGCUUUCCUCUGCCGGUGCCGUUUGAGAUGGUGCCUUCCGGGGCCCGACCAGCAUUGAUGAGUGAACAGUGGCAGGAUCGGCUGAGGAUCCACAAGAAUCCAUACCAGCACAUCAAACACAUCGAUCCCUCGCAUACCUGCACCUGCAUGAGCUGUGUCCUUGCCUGGAACAACUUGAAUAUCAUCCUUGACCUUGCCCACUGGCAGCAGAAUCUCGCAACCCGCGUGCCGUUACCUAUAAUACCGCGCGGUACAAAUCCGGAAUGGAACGUCAACCUACUAGAACGACAUGCCGCCAUUGUCACAAAGGCAAUGAAGAGCCCGCUCGUUUAUGCUCGGAUUUUGCAGAUCCACCUUGAGACCACAACCCGCACCAUUAUUCGCUCCGGCAGCUGGAGGAAGAAAGGCGAGAAGAGCAAUGCUGUCAAGCCGCGGACUUAUCACCUCACCGAUGCAGAGGUCGAGGCCGGGACUGAUGACUUUCUCCAAAGAAGCGGUCCGCCAAGCUAUCAACCAAUUUACAUGCGUGACAACUAUUACUCAGUCGAGGCUUUUGUGCCAAACCGCAAGUGGGGCAAGGAAGACCAGAGGUGGUUUUACUAUGCCAAAUGGCCACGGCCGCAUGAAAACGACUUGAACUGGCUUGCCGCAAGGUUCACUCCAAAGACAGAGCGGAAAGCCCGUGAGCAGCCAUCGGGCAAUGUUACGGAACAAAGCCAGGGACGCUUCACCACCCCAAAUGAAACCACGACACCUCAGGAUGCCCGGUUGAUGGAGGUCACACUUCCCUUGGACGAGAAGCCCGAGUCCGGCUCGUGA